CUUUUCUCAGUGAAAUCUCUGGAUAUAUGAAGGUCUUCUCUACUAUUUAUGCUCUUAGUAGUGUUGCUGAUCUGCCUCAGUAAGAUCUCAAACAUGGCUCAGCAGGAAUACAAAAUGCUUAGUGACAAAUUGUUCACGUACAAAGGAACUGUCAUAACAUUGACAGAAAAUCAUGAUCUUACUCCAGAAUACAUUGACAGUUUAGAGGAUUUUGAAACAAAGGAUGAUGAUGUUUUUGUUGUUACCUUCCCCAAAUCCGGUACAGUGUGGACCCAACGGAUCAUGACAUUGAUAUAUGCCGAAGAUUUUCCAGACAAAACCAACCGAAUCACAGCCGAGCAGAUGCCCUGGCUGGAGUAUCGGUUAACAUCGAAUGAUUACAACACACGUCCAUCUCCAAGACUCUUCUGCUCCCAUUUACUCCAGCCACUGAUGCCCAAAAUGCUGCAAGGAAAAGGAAAAGUCAUCUAUGUCAUGAGAAACCCUAAAGACAUCAUGGUGUCAUAUUUCCAUUUUUCCAACAAUAUGAAAAACCUGGAUUCUUCUGAGAGCUUUGAUGAGAUGCUGGAAAAAUUCUUCACAGGAUGCAUGAUGGGUGGCUGUUGGUUUGAUCAUGUUAAAGGAUGGAUCACAAAUAAAGACAAAUACAACAUCCUGAUCCUUACUUAUGAAGAAAUGAUCAAAGACCUCAGAUCCGUCGUUGUGAAAAUCUGUGAGUUUGUGGGAAAGAAUCUGUCAGACGCAGCGAUUGAUAAAGUGGUGGAGACAGCAACAUUCAAUCACAUGAAGAAAGACCCCAUGGCCAACUAUGAAUUCCUCAGGCCUUUCUUCAUCAGAAUAUCACAGACCAUCCAAAAGGAAAAGGUUUUUUUUUUUUUUUUUUUUUUUUGGCACAAAGGUCAGACCAAAGUGAAAAAUCAAGAGUUUGUCAUUUAUGCAGUGCCAAAUAAAGCAAGAUAUAAAGAUUUAAAAUUCAAAGAACACUGUUUUUUCAAUCACCUUCAUGCUAAUAUAAUAAUUUUCAUUAUUAUAUUAAUUUCAUUUUCCCUGCCUGUCUCAUUCAGGCCUUUGGACAAUCCAGUCAUUAUUAAUGCAACAUUACUUCUGUAGGAGUCACAAAAGACUUUUGAAAUAGUUCAUUAUUUAAAAGUUUAUUAUUUAAUAUGAUUUGUGACAAAUCAGUGGCAGACUCUUAACAUGGUCUGGGACAUCUCAGAAUUGCAUUACUGAAAACUCAAGAUGUGAAAUAAAUUUUACAAACUAAUAAAGAUAAAACACUAUCACAAUAAUAAAAUGAAGGCAUACUAUGUAAUUGGAUGUGUUAGCUACACAACCAUAUCAAAACAGAGACCAGAUAAACUAGUCUUGAUGGAGGUUAAAUGGU